AGGUCUGACUCAGUCAUGUAUGUGUCUGUCCUCUUUCUCUCUCCAGCGGCUCUGCCCUCGGCCAUUCUGACGCUGAUGUUCAGUCCUUACCAGAGAGGAAUCUACUGUGAUGACAAGAGCAUCAAAUAUCCGUACCGGAGAGACACCAUUUCCCAUGGGGCCAUGGCUGCAUCCACCAUCACCUGCUCCAUCGUCAUUAUCACCACAGGAGAGGCUUAUCUGGUUCACACCAAACGUCUCCAUUCCAACUCCAAGUUCAACCAGUACAUGUCUGCUCUCUACAAAGUGGUAGGCACCUACCUGUUCGGAGCAGCCGUUAGCCAAUCGUUGACUGACCUGGCAAAGUUCACCAUAGGUCGCCCCCGUCCAAACUUCAUGGCAGUGUGCGCCCCCAUCCACUGCGAGGGAUAUAUGCUGCAUAUCAACUGCACAGGCAGCAUCCGGAACGUGACGGAAUCUCGGUUAUCGUUCUAUUCUGGCCACUCUGCCUUUGGGAUGUACUGCAUGCUCUUUCUGUCGCUCUAUGUUCAGGCCCGAAUGCAGGGGAAGUGGACGCGGCUGGUCAGACCGACGAUCCAGUUCUUCCUGGUGAUGUUUGCGCUGUACGUGGGAUACACACGCGUGUCCGACAACAAACAUCACUGGAGCGACGUCCUGGUCGGGCUGCUGCAGGGAGCGCUAGUCGCUUCCCUCAAUGUUCGAUACGUGUCGGACUUCUUUAAGCAGCGACCGGCCCCCCGCAACCAGCCAGAGGCACCAGAGGUCCGACAACUCGAACGCAAGCCAGGCGUCUCGCAGUAUGACCACGUUACCACUGAAUACACAAACACUACUUACUAACCUGGGCCUUCGCUCACUUUGGCAGCAGCAGCAGCAGCAGCAGCAGCAGCAGCAGCUUUAUCACCAAAGGACCAUGUGACCAACAUUUUAAAUUAGAAAACAAAACACUGCAGUAACCACUAGCUGGACAUUCAAACACUUUCUCCCACUUCGGGAACGCUGGGACUUCCCACUGAUUUCACAGCGAGGAAAUUCCUGAAACCACGUGUGCCUCUCUCAGUUUGGGUGUGUGUGACAUGAUUUAUGGUGUGUUUUUUGUUGUUUGUGUAUAUGUACUUUGGCAACACGACUUUGUGAUGCCAUAGUGUGCAAUGAUGACCCGUGAAUAUAGGUAUUUUUUAUUUUAGCCUUAGUUAUUUUUUAAAUUAAAAGUUGAAAUUGUCAAUGUAGGAGAGGAACGUUUCAGAUUUAGCGAGGGACAUUUUAUAGAUUUAUGCUGCAUGCAUGGUAAUGAAAUAGAGCAAAAAGACUUUCAAGGAAAUAUGUGGAGACUGAAUGUUUAAGAUUUUUGUUAUUUUACUUACACUGGAGCUUUAAAUAUAGUGUAUAUACAUGGACACAUGUGGCUGUCCCUCACACUUUUGUCUACAUUUGAAUGUUGUCAAACAUGUUCAUAGGUUUUAUAGGUUUAUAUAUGGACUGGUCCAACCAUCAUAUUAAUACAAAAUGUAUAGUAAACUAUAGCAACAUUUUUUUUUAUAUAUCUUGUUUAUAACUAGUCUAAUGAAUUAUGUAGCUUUUUAAGAAUGUAUUGCCACGAUGUUAUGGUGAUGUUACAGUAAAACUUUAAGCUGGUAA